CGGGCGGGAGGGGUGGGGGGAAUUUGGUCGCUUUGGUCGCCUGCCAGCUGCAGUAGUGGCCAGCGGUACAGUGAGUGACUCAGCAGUAGCAGCACAGCACCAGCCUUGACAGUGAACCGUUCUUGUCAACCACUACCAUGCCAGAACCGAAGCCCUUUGAACGCCUGCCAGGCAACAUUAAACCCUUGCACUACAACAUCACUUUGCAGCCCAACCUUGUGAAGUGUGUGUUUCAUGGCUCAGAGGAGAUUGACAUAGAGAUAAAGGAAGCUACAAAGCAGGUCAAGUUCAAUACAUUGGAUUUGACUUUGCGUGAUGUAAAGAUCAGGCUUCCAUCAGGAGAAGACCUUGUUCCAGCAUCAACUGAGAUUUCAACAGCUAAUGAGAUGGCUAUUCUUACCUUUGAUGAAACUUUGCCCAUUGGAACAGCCAAGUUGAGUCUAUCUUUUGAUGGAGAGCUAAAUGACAAGAUGAAAGGAAUGUACAGAAGCAAAUAUACCUCGGUGUCUGGUGAAGAACGGUACUCAGCUGUCACCCAGUUUGAGGCAACAGAUGCUCGCCGCUGCUUUCCUUGCUGGGAUGAGCCUGCACUCAAGGCUACCUUUAGCAUGACAUUGAUUGUUCCCCAUGACCGUGUUCCACUUUCUAACAUGCCAGAAAUUUCAAGGAAACCACAUGAAUCUGAUCCUAACCUUCAAGUGGUGAAAUUUGGCACAUCUCCAUUGAUGUCAACCUAUUUGGUGGCUGUUGUGGUUGGAGAGUAUGACUUUGUAGAAGAUACUUCAGCAGAUGGCAUAAAGGUGCGUGUAUACACCCCAGUUGGCAAGCAAGAGCAAGGCAAAUUUGCUCUGGAUGUAGCCACUAAAGUGCUCCCCUACUACAAGGAAUACUUCAGUAUUGCGUAUCCCUUACCCAAGAUUGAUCUUAUUGCCAUAGCAGACUUCUCUGUUGGUGCCAUGGAAAACUGGGGACUAGUUACCUACAGAGAGACUUGCCUUCUGGUGGAUCCCCACAACACCAGUGCCAGCCAGCGGCAGUGGAUUGCACUGGUGGUGGGACAUGAAUUGGCUCAUCAGUGGUUUGGUAACCUUGUUACUAUGGAAUGGUGGACUCAUCUGUGGCUGAAUGAAGGCUAUGCAACCUUCGUGGAGUUCCUAUGUGUGGAUCACCUGUUUCCUGAGUAUGACAUCUGGACGCAGUUUGUGAGCAACACUUACAUCCGAGCCUUAGAGUUGGAUGGUCUAAAGAACUCACAUCCAAUUGAAGUACCUGUGGGUCAUCCGUCAGAGGUGGAUGAAAUUUUUGAUGACAUAUCUUAUAAUAAAGGGGCAUCAGUCAUCCGCAUGCUGCAUUGCUAUCUUGGUGACCAGGACUUCAGAGCAGGAAUGAACAAGUACCUGACAAGGCACCAGUAUGCAAACACCUACACGGAAGAUCUGUGGGCAGCCUUGAGUGAGGCUUCUAACAAGCCUGUUGGGGAAGUGAUGAGCACCUGGACCAAGCAGACUGGUUUUCCUAUGAUUUCUGUUAGUUCCCACCAGGAUGGAGACAACAGAGUGCUGUCUCUUACACAGCAGAGGUUUCUGGCUGAUGGAUCCACAGGAGACAACAACAUGUGGAUGGUUCCUAUCAGCAUCUCAACAGAGAAGAACCCAUCUAAAGUAGUGGAAGAAGUGUUACUGGAGGGAAAAACAACCAAGGUUGUUCUUGAUGGAAUUUCUUCUUGUACGUGGGUGAAACUCAAUCCUGGCACUGUUGGAUAUUAUAGGACACAGUAUCCUCCUGAAAUGCUUGCCCAGCUUAUUCCUGCAAUCCAGACUAAACAGCUCCCACCUCUUGACCGCCUGGGGAUUUUUGAUGAUCUCUUCUCCAUGGUGCAGGCUGGCCAUACCAGCACUGUGGAGGUCCUGAAAGUGCUACGAGCUUUUGAGGAUGAAACAGACUAUACUGUGUGGUCUGCCUUGCACAAUUGUGUGGCACGCCUCAAUCAGCUGCUGUCCCACACAGAUUUUCAUCAUAACUUUGCUGCCUUUGUUAGAAAUCUUUUCCGCAAGAUAAGCCAGCGACUAGGAUGGGAAGCUAAGCCUGGAGAAAAACACCUGGAUACCUUGCUGAGGUCAUUAGUAUUAGGACAGCUUGGUCUAUAUGGGGAAGAGUCUGUGGUUGCAGAGGCGAAGAAGCGACUGCUGGCCCAUGUGGCUAAUACUGUCACUCUGCCUGCUGACCUGCGCUCCCCUGUGUACAAGACUGUGGUUUCUCAAGCUGAUGAAAAGACAUAUGAGCAAAUGCUUAAGCUGUACCGUGAGGCUGACCUGCAUGAGGAAAAGGACCGCAUCUCUCGUUCACUCGGAGCCACCAGAGACCCCAACCUCAUUCAGCGUGUCCUGCAGUUUGCCAUGUCUAGUGAGGUGAGAAACCCAGGAUACCAUCUUUGUCAUCAUCAGUGUGGCAAUGACAGCUCCUGGCCGCUCUGCUGCAUGGGCUUUCUUCAAGAAGAAUCAUCAGGAGCUGCUUGACAGAUAUGAGGGUGGAUACCUGGUCACCCGAUUGAUACGAUACAUCACUGAAAACUUUGCCAGUGAAGAAAUGGCAGCUGAAGUUGAAAACUUCUUCCGGGACAAGCAGAUUCCUGGUACAGAGAGAACAGUACAGCAGAGCUUAGAAACCAUCAGGCUCAAUGCAGCCUGGCUGCAGCGUGACCAGGAUGCCAUCAAGAAGUAUCUGGCAGAGGCUGCAGAGUAAUGAAAAGUAUUGCAUCACACCUGCCACUGUGUCUCUAUCUCUAGAUGUCUGUCUCUGCCCCUGUAUACUCCAUUAUCUCUCUCUCUCUCUCUCUCUCUCUCUCUCUCUCUCUCUCUCUCUCUCUCUCUCUCUCUCUCUCUCUCUCUCUCUCUCUCUCUCUCUCUCUCUCUCUCUCUCUCUCUCUCUCUCUCUCUCUCUCUCUCUCUCUCUCUCUCUCUCUCUCUCUCUCUCUCUCUCUCUCAUUUACUCUGCUUUGAGCAGUCACUGUCCCCCUUGAGCAAGGGGAUGGGAUAUACUCAUUUGGUGUUUGAAGUGUGUGAGAUUCUAGCCUUACUUGUUGAUUGGUCUCUAAGAGCUCUAAGCUCUUUUCAUGAUGGUAACAGCUGGCAGUCACAAGUCCAGAACAUGAUCAAAACCAUGGUGGAUUACACACACACACACACACACACACACACACACACACACACACACACACACACACACACACACACACACACACACACACACACACACACACACACACACACACACACA